AUGCCUACUAUUGGUAUUUGGAUAAUUAUACAACUGAUGAUCAGUAAAAUGGCAGGUGAAUCAUUCAAUCAACCUAAAUUUAGUUCACUGCCGACAUGGAAUCCUAAUGCUACAACAUUUGCAAGUGGUUAUACAACCGGAAACUUAAUAUACAGCAUAUUUAUAAGUACUAACAAUACCGUUUAUGUACCUUUACUUGGCUUUUGGUGCGUUAGAAUUUGGCUUGAAGGGAGCAUAGUUCCAUUUAGAGAUAUUUCUACUAGUCCACGUUAUCCAUAUUCUGUAUUUGUCACAAGUAACAACGAUAUUUAUGUUAACACUGGUAACUCUCCUUGUUCAGUAGAUAAAUGGACAUUGAACGCGACAAACAGUAUCUCUAGCAUGUUUGUGGAUGAUGCUUGUUUCAGUUUAUUUGUCGAUGUCGAAGAUAAUCUUUAUUGCUCGCUUUAUAAUCUUCAUAAAGUUAUCAAAUAUUCAGUUAAUGGUAGUGCAAAUCCGGCGACAACUAUUGCUGGUACAGGUAACGCUGGAUUAAGUUCAAAUAUGCUAUAUGGACCUCGAGGAAUCUUUGUUGAUCGUAAUCUCUCUUUAUAUGUGGCAGAUUGUAACAACAAUAGAAUUCAAUUUUUCUAUUUUGAUCAAUCAAGUGGCGUAACUAUAGUAAACAGUACAGAAGUAAUAGGAACAACCUCACUUAAUUAUCCCAGUGGAAUUACGCUUGAUGCCGAUGGAUAUCUAUAUAUAACUGAUUGUAAUAAUCAUCGAAUUGUUGCCUCAGGGCCUAAUGGUUUUUACUGUGUUGUUGGGUGCAGUGGAUCUGGUUCUACAUCCUAUCAAUUAAACCAACCAUCGACUUUAAGUUUUGAUAGUUACGGCAAUUUAUUUGUUGUCGAUACUAACAAUGAACGCAUUCAGAAAUUUCUAUUGACAACGAAUCUUUCGGGCAACAUUCUUGUAUUUUUAGAUACGAUUUUAUCAGAAGAUAUUGAAUCAACUACUGCAGUCAUGUCUAUUCAACAAACAUCAUCUUCGUUUCUGGCACCUACAUGCUCAAAUUCAAUAACUAUUGGUUCUUAUUGCAAUGUUACAAGCACUUCAUGUGAUAUAUUACAGCCAUGUCAAAAUAAUGCUAGCUGUAUAGAUACAAAUACAACUUCUAAUGGUUAUAAUUGUUCAUGUCUAUCUGGAUUUUAUGGUCUACAAUGUCAAAUCGAUAAUCGACCAUGUAAAUCAUAUACUUGUUGGAAUAAUGGUAUUUGCAAUGAAACAUCGAAGACAGAAUUUAUAUGUAUAUGUUCGUCAGAUUGGCAAGGCAGUAAUUGUGAAAUACAUAUGAAUUAUUGUCAGAAUGUAACAUGUCAAAAUAAUGGUGUUUGCCGUUCAUUAACUAAGAAUUACACAUGCGAAUGUCUUAGUGAUAGUUACUCCGGUAGAUAUUGUCAAAUAGAAUCGAAUACACUUGUUUUACAUCAAAUAGUUUCGAAAUCAUUUGCAUUUAUUGCUAUUAUUGCUAUGGCAAGUGUUAUGAUGAUUGUUAUCGUAAUGGAUAUAAUGAAAUAUUGUUUUGGUAUUGAUGCGAUAAAUAAAGAUUUAAAACGAAUAAGACAACGUAAAAAAGUGAGAAAACACAAAACUCCUAUUGUUAUUCGCUUUAUCUAUGUCAAUUAG